GCACCGCCUCGGGUGCUGCCAGCUCUGGGCCAUGGACGCCCCGGGGGCUCCGGCCCCAACCGCCGCCCCAGGCAACGAGAGGAAGGAGCUGAAAAUCGUGAUCGUAGGUGACGGUGGCUGCGGCAAGACGUCGCUGCUCAUGGUGUACAGCCAGGGUUCUUUUCCCGAGCACUACGCCCCGUCGGUGUUUGAGAAGUACACGGCCAGCGUGACAGUGGGUAGCAAGGAGGUGACCCUGAACCUCUACGACACGGCUGGGCAGGAGGACUAUGACCGGCUGAGGCCACUGUCCUAUCAGAACACCCACCUUGUUCUCAUCUGCUAUGAUGUUAUGAACCCCACCAGCUACGACAAUGUCCUCAUCAAGUGGUUCCCUGAAGUCACUCAUUUCUGCCGUGGGACCCCAAUGGUGCUCAUUGGCUGCAAGACAGACCUGAGGAAGGACAAGGAGCAGCUCCGGAAGCUCCGGGCAGCUCAGCUGGAGCCUAUCACCUACACACAGGGCCUGAGUGCCAGCGAGCAGAUCCGAGCUGCACUUUACCUGGAAUGUUCUGCCAAGUUCCGAGAGAAUGUGGAGGACGUCUUUAGGGAAGCCGCCAAGGUGGCCCUCAGUGCACUGAAGAAGGCACGGCGGCAGAAACAACGCCGGCUCUGCCUGCUGCUGUGACCGCGGGCCGAUGGCCCGAGACGGACUACGAGCCCACGCCUGGCCCGGUAGUGGCUGGGGCUAGACUCUUGGAACAUGCUGGAACUCUCUUGUGUGUCCACACUGGAGUGCAGUGGUAAAUGUGGGUGCCAGACCCAAGUCUUUCCACCCUGGGGCCAGCCUUUGUCUUGGGCCUCAGAAAGGCCUUUGUUACAGCACAGCCCCCACUCUUGCCACGUGUGUCACUGCUGCCCCAUGCCCGUGUCACGGUAACCCUGGGCUCCUAGAUAGCACAGCUGCAUCCUCCAGGCUCUUCCUUCUACCCCUGGGGAACUGAGGGCGCCACCUCAGGGCCCAAACCUAUCAGGGGAACACAGGCAGCAGCCCGGACACGGACUGACAGCAGCCCCUCCCUCGCUCCUCCACCCCACACCACCGGGCUCCACCUCAGCCUGUCUGCCAUCUGUUCCAGGUCACCUGUGCUCAGAGGUCAAAGUGUACCUGGGGCAGCCAUCUGACUCCCGCUCCUGGUCUCAUUAUGGGGUACCCCAUGCUAUCUGCCUCUUCAGCUUUCUCCCAUUCCCAAAAGGCCAGGAUGGGGCUUCUGAAGUAGUCAACCUCAUCAUCACCUCCUUGGAGCAGCAGGCAGUCUCGCUUCUACCCUCAGCCACUGUUUCUGCCAUGGCAUGGCACUCAGGAGCCGCCCAUCCCCAUGCCUUCCAGAACUGACAUAGCAACCCCUGCCCAUGCUGGACAGUUUCUCAAAACUGGCCCACAGGCCACCUGUGUUGUUAGCAGCAAGAUUCCUGAGCUCAGAACUUCUCAAACAAGUGCUCUAAUGUCCUUCAGAGGAGAGCUGCUUGGUUCUGGGAGCCUAGGAGUCAGCGUUGCCUCAGAGGGAACCAUGGCCUUGACUGGGCAUUCCUCCCCGGCAAGUCCCGCUCGCCAAGUGCUGGACCCUGACAAACUUAGGUUGCCCAAGAAAAAAACUUCUAACCACCUGUAGGUCACCUGUGGCCACUGCUUGUUUUUGUAAAUAAAGUUUUAUUGUAACAGCCACA